AAAGAAAGAAAGAAAGAGCUCACGUGUGAUGUGUUUGUGUAUCCUAUUUUAGUGUUGAUGAUGGAUGUGAUGUGCUGUAAAUCAGUAGGAACUGAUCUGUCCAUGCUGGAUAUUGAUGAUUUCAUCACAGAAAUCUCUCAGCUGAAGAAAGAGGUGGCGUUACUGGAGACAAAGCUGAGGUUAAGAGGAGAUGAAGGACUGAAGAGAGAGGACUCCGAGCUCAGUCUGACUUUACUCUGUUAUACUGAGUCAAAGCACACAGACGCUCAGGACACUACAGUGUGUGACAGUAAUCAGGACUUACAGGAUGAUGAAUCUACUGAUCAAACCUCCACAGAGUCUCUGGAUUCUGUCUGUAACGCUGGAGAACAGCAGCAGAUCCUGCAGACCAAACUCAACAUGUGUUCAGUCAAACUCAUCGACUGCAGGAACCUCAUGAUGAAGACGAGAAGAGAAACCACAGAAGAGGAAGAUCACACUGAUGAAGAAGAUGAUGAUGGUUGUGGUGGUGAUGAUGAUUUUAUUCCUUCAGAUGAGAAGAGUGAUUCAUGUUCUGAGGGAGAAAUAACACCGUCAACAUCAAAACAAAGACAUUUAAAGAGACAUGAGAGAAAACACACAGAACAGAAACUCUUCACCUGCAGGAGAUGUAAGAUCAGCUUUAAAACCUUACAAGAGAAGAAACUUCAUUCACAAGAGCACAUAGAGAAAAAGAAGAAGAAGAAGAAAAAGAAGCAGCUAAUUCCUUGUCAACAGUGUGAGAAAGUUUGUAGCUCUUCUUUUAAUCUGAAAGUUCACAUGAGGACACACACUGGUGAAAAACCUUUCUACUGCACUGAAUGUGGCUAUUCCUUUAGCAUCAAAGGACAUCUUGUUGCUCAUCAGAGAAUUCACACAGGAGAAAAACCCCAUCAAUGUUCAUACUGUGAUAAACGUUUCUGUCAGAAAACUCAUCUGAUAGUCCAUGAGAGAGUUCACACUGGAGAGAAACCUCAUCAAUGCUCUUACUGUGAAAAAAGAUUUUCUGAUCCAUCUCAAUUCAAAGUUCAUCAGAGAGUUCACACUGGAGAAAAACCUUACAAAUGCUCUCAGUGUAAGAAGACGUUUUCUAAGUCAAGUACCUUAAAAGUCCAUCAGAGAGUUCAUACUGGAGAAAAACCUUACAAAUGCUCUCAGUGUAAGAAGACGUUUUCUAAGUCAAGUACCUUAAAAGUCCAUCAGAGAGUUCAUACUGAAGAAAAACCUUACAAAUGCUCUCAGUGUAAGAAGACGUUUUCUAAGUCAAGUACCUUAAAAGUCCAUGAGAGAGUUCACACUGGAGAGAAACCUUAUCACUGUGGUGUUUGUGGGAAGAGUUUUAAUCAUCGUGAUUAUUUAGUGAGACACCAAAGAACUCAUACAGGUGAAAAACUUCACAAAUGCUCUCACUGUGAGAAGACGUUUAAUCGAUCAGCUCACUUAAAAGACCAUGAGAGAGUUCACACUGGAGAGAAACCUCAUCUCUGUAGUGUUUGUGGGAAGUGUUUCAGUCAAAAUUACAGUUUAGUAAAACACCAGAGAACUCAUACAGGUGAAAAACCUUACAAAUGCUCUCAGUGUGAGAAGACUUUUGCUCACCCAAGUUCCUUAAAAAUUCAUGAGAGACAUCACACUGGAGAGAAACCUUACGUCUGCUCGAUCUGUGGAAAGAGAUUCACAGAUUCAUCUCAAGUCAGUGAUCAUAAAAGAAUUCAUACAGGUGAAAAACCUCAUCACUGUCAUAUCUGUGGGAAGAGUUUCAGUCGACGUCAACAUUUAGUGUCACACCAGAGAAUUCAUACAGGUGAAAAACCUUACAAAUGCUCUCAGUGUGAGAAGACAUUUACUCAAUCAGGUCAAUUAAAAGUCCACCAGAGAGUUCAUACUAGAGAGAAACCUUACCACUGCUCGAUCUGUGGAGAGAGAUUCGCUUUAUUAGGAAUUUUUCACACUCAUCAGAAGAAACAUACUAAAAAGCGGCGUUAGACCGAGACCAAAUGGCUGGAUACAGAGGGGGAAACAUUCAAUUCUGGUCAGAAUCAACAUCUGAAAUAUUUUCACGUCUACCUCCAAGACAACCAGCCCAUUGUGUGAAGACAUAAGUCAUCUCACCAGGAUUACUUACAUCUGUUCUCCUUCUUCACCCCCUCCUCAUCCUCUCAGCUUAGAGCAUCUGAAAGCUGACCUGUAAACAGCUGACCGUGAACUGUGUAUGAAAUGUUACAUUCAAGAGACUGAAUCUGAGUCAUGUUUUAUAUCAUUUGAAAUGUUUCGAUUGGUACAAUGGUCUCACUCCCAUAACAACAGAAUUCAAUGAAAAAGUGUAACAGUAAAUUAGGCAAACUUCACUCAAUGUUAAGAGACACCUCCCACCUUAAACAUGUAAACCAAUCACCCAUGAGGUGAAGCCCCUGGGUCCACAAGACCCAAAAAACACCAAAUUCCUAUCAUUAUUACAAUGCUUUGUUCUCUUUGUAUUAUUUAAAGGUUCCGUUUUUCCUGUUCCCAUUUUCAAACUUUAGUUAGUGUGUAAUGUUGCUGUUAGAGCAUAAAUAAUACCCGCAAAAUUAUAAAGCUCAAAGUUCAAUGCCAAGCAAUAUAUAUUUUUUAAUAUGAAUUCACUUUUCAAAGCCUACAGCGAAUGGAUGGUUUGGACGUCAGUAUUAGAGUUUUUGACUAACCUCCGCCCACAGGAAUAUGUCAGUCGCCAGCUAAGCUCAAGCAUUAUUAGCUCAUGCAUUUUUUUACACAUGAAACAUGAGCACAUGUUAUAUACAGGACUUUUAAAAAAAAAGUUUCCAGAAGGUUCUGAGGGAUUUUCUUUUUUUUUUAAUCUAACCCCCAUAGUGCUUUGCGUUCUCUUGGAUGUUCACCACGUAUCUCUUUGUUUCAUUUGGGAAUUCUGUAGCCAGAUGAACCCACACUAUUACUGUAUAUCGUAUUUUUGCCAGUUAUGCAAUGUUUAUAUGAUUACAACUGUUUAUUGAUUUAUGCUUUAUAUUUGAAUUGGAUCGUGAAUUACCUUUUGUAUUAUGAUGAUCUUAAAUAAAUUGUUAUUUUGUAUUACUUCUG